AUGUCAAUCUUGAUGAUUGUUAUGCAGAGCGAAACCGUAGCGCAAGUGGGGACAUCAUUGAAGGUAAAAAUGCAUUUCCAAAGCGAUCGCGGAGAUUAUCCCUUACCAAAGGCCGCAGAUCAAGUUCGGUUCAGAAGCGGGAUGAAGAAUUUGACCGAUAAUCUCCAUGCUCUGGGAUUCAAAACAGGCAUCGUGCGGUAUCAAUACAUCUCGACUAACGUCCAUACUAAUCCCACUCACCAGUACAGCGACUCGGGUUGGUUUACUUGCGCUGGAUACCCGGGAUCGUUCCAGAACGAACUCCGUGAUGCUCGCACAUUCCAGGAUUGGGGCUUCGACUAUUUGAAGUACGAUAACUGUGCAAUUCCAUAUGACAGGAUCAUCCGAGAAGGCAUCGUUGGAAAGUAUGAGCGAAUGGCUGAUGCCCUCGAGGAGUUGUCGGCGACCUCGGGACAUCAUCCUUUUACGUUCGCCCUGUGUCAGUGGGGUUGGAACCAGGUGUGGCAAUGGGGAAAGCAGUUUGGUCACAGCUGGAGAACAACGAAUGAUAUCGCCCCGCAUUGGGAUGCCUUGGCAAAUGUCAUCAAUUUCAACUCCUUCAUCACACAAGCAACGGACUUCUACGGCCACAACGAUCUAGACAUACUCCAACUUGGAAAUGGGGACCUCACGUUUGAUGAGGCGAAAUCACACUUCACGGCAUGGGCGUUGAUGAAAUCUCCCUUAUUAAUCAGCGUCAAUAUGUCCACCAUCACCAACGAGACGCUGGAAAUCCUGACGAACAGAGAAAUCCUAGCCAUAAACCAGGAUCCGGUAGUGGGCACCAGCAUCUCGCCCUUCAGAUGGGGAAUAAACCCUGACUGGACGAGCAACAGCAGCUUCCCCGCGCAAUACUGGAGUGGCCAGUCACAGAAUGGCACGGUUUUCAUGCUGUUGAACACGCUGAACGAGCCAUCGGACCUGACAUUCAAUCUUACUGAGUCGCCCUGGAUUCGUGCAGGGCGCGCGUACUCUGUGAGGGACCUUUGGACCCACACCGACAACGGGACUGCAGUGCGGAAUUUCACCGCUCACGCAGUUCCACCCCAUGGCGUUGCCGCCCUCUUAUUGAAGGAUGUUGGUGACGAGCCCGCGGGGCUCUUCCCAGAGUGCAGUGUUUGGAUUCAGUGCACAGACAAAAACGGUACUCGAGUUGGUGGGUAA